UAAAGUUCAUUGACAACCUAAACAACAAUAUUAUGCCGGCUGCCAUGUUGUGCAUUACUGACGUUUGGAGUUCCAAUCACUUCUGAUCAGCGACUAUCAAUCUGGUAUCGAUCUGUGCACCACCUGUAUCACGUCAGCGCGCGAGCAGUUGUUACGCAAGGAUGUGUCUGGAGUUUCUGCGUAUGUCGGAUACACAGAGCUCGCGGAAUGGCGGAAAAAGUAAACAGUCCGGAGGGAUCAUCAAAUUCCUCCGGACUGGAUUCCGCAACAAGAAGAAACAGAUGGGGAUCGUUCUUGGUUUCUUCAAUCCGGAGCUGUCGGAGUUCCAGAAGAAGAAACUGAUCCACGAGUUCCAUUUAUUUUUCGAUCUAAACAAGGACGGAAACCUAGAAUGGAAGGACAUGGAAUUAGCGAGACAAAAAAUAUGUGACUGGAGUGGAUGGAAGCUUGGUUGUGAAAAAUACACGAAAACCCACGAGUUAUUCCGGACAAUAUGGCGGCGUCUACAGGACGAGGGCGACGAAAAUAAUGACGGAAAAAUCACCAUAGGGGAAUGGCUCAAGAUGUGGACAUCGUUUAACGAGCAGUCUAUCAAAGACGCCAAGAAAACUGACCCUCUCCCAGCUGACCGGAAGCUGCCGGACUGGCUGGAGUCAUAUGUGGAAUACAAAUUUAAUCUCUACGACAGGACAGGAGAUGGAAAGAUCGACGCGGAGGAGUUCGAAUACGUCCUGGCUGAUUUUGGAAUUCCCGCCAAAGAUGCACGAAAAGCCUUUCUCCUAUUUUCGGGUAAUAACACCCGGAAGGUGGACUUAGCGUACUUCCGGGAGCUGAGUACGGAUUACUACCGGUCUGAUGACCCCGGAGCACUCGGAAACUUCAUCACCGGGAAACUCGAUUUCGCCACGUGAUCGCAGGAUUGCCGCCAUUUUGUUAUAAAAGGAUGGCGGAAGUGACGUUUGCUCUGCGUUGCAAUCGGUUAUCCCUGAUUCGGGGCCCUGGGUACCUGGCUUGGAUGACUUGGAACUUACGUGUAGCUGUUUGUCCGGAAGUAUGCGUUGGCGAGCAGACCGUUCGAUUUCCCGGAAACAAGAUGUUCCUAGACGGACUAGGAGAGUUUAGAAAUACUGCCUGUUUAGAUAUUGUGUUUGAAGGUUAACUUUGGCUCGGUAUAUCAACAGUUUCUAGUGCAAUCACUCUCAUUGACAACACUUAUGGCAAACUAAGUAGAGUUGGUAUCACACGGCUAAACAUGACCUUACAGGUCCAUGUGACGUCAUUAUAUAUUGUGACUGUGAAAUGGAGAGCUACAGAUACCUACCUCUCUGAAAUGACGGGCUGUGGAAUAUGUAUAAAUUGUACGUUAUAUCAAAUUCGAACUUAUUCUAAAAGAAAUUAUAUAUACAAUUAUAUAUUACAAAAAACUGUGCGACUGUAUGUCUGCUUUUAAGCUUUGUGUGUAAAUAUAUACGGUACAGUGGAGGCUUAACAGGAGUUACUAAGGCAAUACGUGACGGGUAUUUCGCACGUGACUUUGCUAUGUGUGUCAUUGGGUUCUGGGGUAACUACACAUAUCAUACUGUUGACUUUUUAUUAAACGUUAUCAUGAAUCUGA